AUGGACUGCUCAAGCAUUAUAAAGAGACUGGCGUCUGUUGCUCAGUACUUGAAGGAUAAAGCGUCGUUAUUUGAAUCGACGGAGAAGAAUAAUGACGAUGAAAUAAAAGAAGAUCUGCAAGAUACAGAAAUGAUAGUUGGUUUAAUUGGAGAACAUAACAUACAGAAAGAUUCAGAAAAAACGCUGAAAAGUUCAGAACCAGAGUCAAAGGAAUUACCCGAUGCUAUUGAUGCAAGUUACAAAAUGUCCGAUGAAAUUUGUUCUGAAGGGUCAAAUGACGACUCAUUAGGAAGACGUUCCAUUCUAUCUGACGUAGAUAAAAUUCAAUUUGCACAAGAACUAAGUAGAGAAAAUUCAAAAGAGGGAGACGAUAAUAUGGACAUUUCGGUAGAAUUUUGGGACUUUGGUGGACAGUUCGUUUUUUAUGCAACGCAUAUGAUCUUCCAUAGUAGAAAAGCUAUCUAUCUCUUGGUGUUAGACUUAACAUCUCAUUUAAACGAAAUAGCUGUGGACCAAGAUUUCCCUACGGAAUCACAUGAAAGAAGUAUGGCAUAUUACGUACGAUUCUGGAUUAAUUCCAUCCACUCUUUCGUCGGAUCAGAAGAUGGAGUGGAGCCUACCGUCAUACUCGUUGGUACACAUAAGGAUAAACUGAGAGGAAAUGUCGAUCAGAAAAUAGAAACGUUCUUUGAAAAUAUUCGAAAACUUUUUGAUGGUACAAAACUCUUAAAACACAUUUAUAGAAAAGAUUUUGCAGUGGAUAAUACUGUCACAGAUGAUGAAGGUGUUACAGCGUUGCGUGAAGCCGUCAUUGAAAUUGGGAGAGAAAAGGCCAAAACUGUUGAAAUUCCAGCAAAAUGGAUACAUCUGGAAAAAUCAUUGAAAGAAAAAAUACAUUUAAAAAUAAUAACGUUCCAAGAUGUCAGGACAAUUGAUGCUUUGAAUGAGUAUCCGCUGGGUUCAAAUGAUCAAGUACGAAUAUUUCUCCAGUACCACCACAGUAAAGGAACUUUCAUCUAUUUUGACGAGGAUCCGAUAUCUUAUUACGUUGUACUAGAUCCCCAAUAUUUGAUUGAUGCCUUUAAAUGCCUUAUAACUAGUGAGCAAUUUUGCAAGAAAGAUCCCGACAUUCGGCCAUCAUUCAACAAACUUCAUGACGAGGGAAGACUAGAAAAAGAACUUGUCGAUAAACUUUGGAGCAAAGAUAAAGAAUUAAUGUAUAUGGAAAACAGGGAAAUAUUAUUGGACUUUCUUGCGAAGCACCAUAUUAUCUCUGAGGCUACCAAAUAUGAAGAAGAUACAAAAAAAUCAUCGGGUCUUGGGUGGUUUGUUGUCCCGAGUUUACUGAGAGAUCUAUAUCCCAGUGAUGAGUUUGAGCAGCUUUUGUGUGGAAGGAGGCAGUCAGCACUACGGUUUGUAAUGGAAUUUGAAAUCUCUACCAUAAUUCCUACAAUCUACCAUCGACUUGUCGCCGCCAUUGUUGGCAAAUGGCCGAUUAUUCAUUUUCGAGAUAAGCCGGUCAUGUACAAAAAUCUAUGUGCAGCAAGGCUUGAAAAUAACCAUAUUGGAUUCGCAGAAAUGAGAUCAGAAACAAUCGAAUUGUCAGUAGCAAAUCUUUGUUCAAAAGAUGCAAUUGACGGUGGUCGUUGUGAUAGGCUACGCAGAUUUGUUGAAGCUGUGAUUGAGCAUGAAUUUCACAAGCUUAAAUGUUCAAAAGAAACUUGUGUUAAACUGUAUGCCAUAAAAUUUCGUUGUAAUCAUGAAAUUCACGGUGUGAACGGGAGUAAAGACACAAUCGAAUGGAAGCAAGUUGGAACAACUAAACAAAUUCCUUGUCCAGAUUUUGAAUCACAUGCUAGUAUUACAGCGGAUGGAUUUACUGAGUGGUAUAUUGACCACAGAAUAAAGAUUCAGAUUCCGAAAAAGGGAGUUACAGAAAAACUGCUUAGUCAAAUCUCAAAAGAAAUAGGCCACAAUUGGCAAACAUUAGGACAUGAACUGGGUGUGACCAAGGUUCAAAUCGAACAGAUUAUUGAAGAUAAUCCACAUAGUACGUCAAUGAAAAUAUUUGCUAUGCUUACAAAAUGGAGUCAGAACGUUGAAAUAGCUACGUUUGAUGUUUUAGUUGAAUCAAUGCAGAAAUGUCCUACUCUAAAUGUAGACUGGGGCGAAAUAAGAAACAUUUUGGAUAGCUUGGAGUGA